UGACGCUCAGCAAUGGCUCCUCCUUGAAACUUUUUUUUCCCUUCGUUUUCAGUGAAGUGCGUGGAUUUCAUACCAAACUCAUACUUUGCAUACCACCUUUACUGUCAAACCAGGAGAAAUAUUACCGAUAGCAAAAUCGCGCCAGAAAUAUAAGUUUGAAAAAUAAGGUUUUCUUCUGGAUGACCACUCGGUAGAGUUGAACAUAUUACUAAAAUAAGCCACUGAGGUCUGGCCCUGAAAGUUCCCUUAAACUCCUUUUGGGAAUAAAACAAGACGUUUUUAUUUGUCAGAACAGUGACAGCGACAGAAAGCGGGACAAGACGCAGAGAGGAAUACUUUCACCAACUCCCCAAGCGCGCUCAAAGUACCCCGUGCCGGAGAGGCUGGGCCGCGGGCCCCGGUGGAGCCGUCACCAUGGCGUCCAACGAGUGGAGCCCCAACGGCAGCCCGGAGCGGGGGCUGGAGGAUACCCAGGACGAGCUGGAGAAGGCCAUGGACGGCGACGCCGAGGGCGUGUGGGCGCCCGACAUCGAGCAGAGCUUCCAAGAGGCCCUCGCCAUCUACCCGCCCUGCGGACGCCGCAAGAUCAUCCUGUCAGACGAGGGCAAGAUGUAUGGUCGUAACGAGCUGAUCGCCAGGUACAUUAAGCUGCGAACAGGAAAGUGUCGCACCAGGAAACAGGUGUCUAGUCACAUACAGGUGUUAGCGCGGAAGAAAGUUCGGGAGUACCAGGCUGGCAUUAAGGCCAUGAACCUGGACCAGGCUUCCAAAGACAAGGCUCUGCAGAACAUGGCUGCAUUAUCCUCAGCCCAGAUCGUGUCUCCAAACCUGAUCAAGAGCCAGCUGCCGCCCUUACCCCAGCCCCCCUACCCGCCCCCGGCUAGGUUUUGGCCAACGUCCAUCCCUGGACAACCUGGACCCUCUUCUCAGGACAUCAAGCCCUUUGCCCCCUCCUACCCCAGCCUCUCAGCACCCGGGCCACCUGCCAUACCCUCGUAUGAGCCCAUGGUGCCCCCUGGCCCCCCUGCAGCCACCGCUGUGCCCGUGUGGCAGGACCGCACCAUCGCCUCCUCCAAACUACGCAUGCUGGAGUACCACGCCUUCAUGGAGGUGCAGCGCGACCAGGACACCUAUAGCAAACACUUGUUUGUCCACAUCGGUCAGAUGAACCCUUCCUACAGCGACCCCCUCCUGGAGGCAGUGGACAUCAGACAGAUCUACGACAAGUUCCCUGAGAAGAAGGGUGGGCUGAAGGAGCUCUAUGAGAAGGGCCCACAGAACGCCUUCUUUCUGGUCAAGUUCUGGGCGGACCUGAACAGCAGUGGGAUGGCGGACGGUCCCGGCUCCUUCUACGGCGUGAGCAGCCAGUACAGCAGCCUUGAGAACAUGACCAUCACCGUAUCCACCAAAGUCUGCUCCUUCGGCAAGCAGGUGGUCGAGAAAGUAGAGACAGAGUAUGCUAGGAUGGAAGGAGGGAGGUAUGUGUACAGGAUCCACCGCUCGCCAAUGUGUGAAUACAUGAUCAACUUCAUCCACAAGCUUAAACACCUGCCUGAGAAAUACAUGAUGAACAGUGUGUUAGAAAACUUCACUAUUUUACAGGUCGUGACGAACCGGGAGACCCAGGAGACGUUGAUGUGUAUAGCGUUCGUGUUUGAGGUGUCGACGAGUGAACACGGAGCGCAGUACCACGUGUAUCGCCUCAUCAAGGACUGAGGCUCCCGAGGGAAAGGGAUAGGGAACGAACUUAAGUGAGCAUCCGAGUGAUGAAUGCCACCGAGGGAGAGGGAGAGAGAACGAACUUAAGUGAGCAUCUGAGUGAUGAAUGCCACCAAACCACAGACUGCCCAACAUCAAAAACAAAGCAAACGCUUGACGACAAGGCAUAUAUAUAUUAUUUUUUUUGUUUCAAUCUCCUCAAAAAACAUUGUACAAUAGGAAAACAUGGAUGAAGUUUCAUGUCAAGAAGAAAGGAUUGAUUGAGUUGAGCUUUUUUUGGCUUCUCCUUUUUCCUCUUUUUUUUUUUUUUUUUUUUUAAAUGACGCGUAUUUAAAUGCUUAAAAGACAGAAUUGGUCGUGUUGGUUUUGUUUCUGAUGAAUACAAAUGUUUUACAUUGUAUUUUACAUCUUUGUUUUACUGAAAGUUGAGCUUCAUGAUGGUUAGGAAUGUUUAUUAUUUCUCUUCAAAGGCAAGACAUUUUGUUUUCUCCUCAUGAGAGACGCAUGCUGCAACACAGAGGUUUGAGAAUGUGCAGACCAUGGAUUUGGGGCUAACUAAAGGUUUACAUGCAUUUUAGUAUUUCAACAAAAGUGAUAAUCAAAACGGCAAAAAUCAAUGUUAUAGUGCAGUUGUUAUUAUUAUUAUUUCUUUUUGAGUAAUAACGUAAACAGGCAGAUGCCUCUGUCCAAAGAUGAGUUUUUCUGAAUGGCCAUUCUGAAGUGCCUUUCGACUACCUCUUGAUGUGCAGGGGUGGCGAGAGGAGUGAGGGGUAACACACUACACUCUUCUGACAUCGUCCUCGACCGCAACAAAGUGCCUCGUCAUCCUCGACCACCCCCACCCCCACCCUCAAGCACACGUCUUCACUUUCGCUGGCACAUGCGUCACAGACAGGUCGAACUAGAUGACCAACACUAGCUGAUGGGGGAUUGGUCAGGACGCAAGGGACCUGGUCUCUAUCUGGCUUUUAACCGAAGCCUUGCUAGGUACAACCCUCUUCAGGGCCUGAUACUGUAUGCAAACAUCAGCAAACCAUUCUACAGUGCUCUGAUCUGUAACAGCUGUUACCUUUUUUUCUCAAUCCACCUGGGUGUGACUUUGCUACGGCGUCUUACCCCUCUGAUAUCACAGUGAAUCAUGCCCUAAUGGGCCUAUCUGGUCCCGACAAACAAAAGCACUAGAGCCUCAGCCUUGUCCAACAGGGCCACUCUCACAGACGGACAAACCCAAACACUUAGACCCUGUGGCAUAGUGACAGCUUGACAUGAGCAUUGUGCUCCAUUGAAUGUGUACGCUGUCGGUAUCGGGCAAAGCAAACACGUCCUUUUUGUCUGGAAUGGAAAAGACGGGGUAGGUUAGUGAGUGAGUGUACACACUAAGCGGAUGAAAGCCAAGAGAGGAGGAAGGCCGAAGAGGAAAACAAGCCAAGGUAAGAGAAUGUAAACAAUGCCAUGGAAUCAGACAAAGGGAGGGAGAACCUUUAUAAUCUUGACCAUCUGGCCCUUAAAUAAAUCACCACUCAGUCCAAUAUGUGAAAACUCAUGUUGUAGCGAUGGCAAGGUUUUUUUUUUUUUUUAGUUUGUUUUCUUUCUUUUUUGUUGGUUUUUGUUUUGUUUCAUUUCAUAAGCCCACUCCAUCCUUACCUCCCUCCGUGGACACCCCAUACAUCUCCCAAAUGGUACUUUCUCUACUUUUUGGAUUUUUUUUAUGGAAUUUGUGCUAUUUGUGGUGUGUGCAUAAAUUUGGUCGUAUGACGAGGAUAAUAUUAUUGUUGGAUGUGUGUGUUUAAAUAACAGUCUUUUGUUCUGCGUUGAGUACUUUAAAACUGCAAGGAUAAUUAACAACCUCCACCUCUCAGGGCUUCCCCUUUUAGAAAUAAAUAAUAUUUUUGAAUAAUGUUUUAUAAAUAAUAAUUGAUUAUUGAUGUGCUCUGCAGAAUACUGACACAUGUUCUCCAGUCUUUAGUGUAGAAAUGAACCUGAGGUUGUCUGACUUGAACCUGAAGUGGCCCUUAUUGAACCAAGCACCAGUCACUGAGAGUGACAACCAUGCUGUGUUAAUGAGAGGGAGUGAAUCACUGGUUUCCAUGGAAGUAUAAGUUGGUAAAUGGUUAGUUUUUUGACUAUGGUGGGGAGAGCCAAACCACUGUGAAUUGUAUUGAAUGUACUUGGACAUGUUAGUCAAGUUGAUGAUGUCUUACAUCUGAGAAACUGCAGACUAUGUGUGUGUACAUUGAAUUGGCCUAACAAUGUCUAAUAUUAAUUUUGUUUGUUAAUGUCACAAAUAAUGUUUUGACACUGGUUUGGGGCGUAUCAUCUUAAAGUAUUCCAAGAUGCUUGUACAGUUUGUCCGCGUUUUUUGAGGGGUGGAAUGCCUGAAAUUCCUUUGGAGUGAUAUCAAGCAACUGAAAAGCUUUUCUACCAAAGUUAAUAUGUGAUGUAUCUGCAGUGAUAUAUCAAGCAACCAAAGGCUUAAAAAUAACUUUGUGUUGUAACCGUGAUCAAAAUCUAAAACAGCAACAACAACAACAACAACAAAAAAAUAUCUGCACUGUUUUUAUUAUUCUUGUCAUGAGACCAUUACCUAAGCUUAUGUGCACCAGAGUCUUUGGGACAGUGGGGCAGAUGUUUGUGGAAGAACAUCCAUCCACUGUCCAACACAGGUGUACAGCGACAGACAGGUAACAUGAACGUAUUGUAGCAAACCGCAUGGCAUGGACUUUAACUCCAGAAGAAUGGACUGACUCCACCCUACUCAGCACCAUUUUCAACAUCAGAACUCAGAAAAGCUUUAAAUGACUGCUGCCUUGUGUAGCUAUUUUUUACUGGCUCUUGUUUUUGUAUUAUUAUUGUUAUUGUUAUUAUAAUUAUUAUUAUAUAUUUUUGUUUUUGUUUGUUCCUUGACUUUCGAUGGACGUUGUUAGCUUCCUUUGAAAACUGUGUGUUCAUAUUUGAAAUAUGUUGUAAUCUAAAUGGUGUGGGUGGUUUUUUUGUUUGUUUGUUUGUUUGUGUGUACUGGUUUGUUUGUCUUCUUUUUUUAGAUUAUGGUUCCUUGUGGCCUUGGUUACAAACUGUUUAUUGUGAUCUUGUAUAUUCUGUUACAUGCAAAGUGAGGGGUGUGUAUAAUAUAAUCAUAAUGAUACAUAUAAUCUUUCAAUAAAAGGUGCGUGGUUCGUCAUGGGCCAUUUUUCUCCA